AGCAGAAGAUCGGGUAGUGGCAUGUCUGACUAGCACAAUGUCUUUGUGGUGGUGCUACGUAGCCAGGAAGCACAUUUACUUCCGUUAUCCGGGCCACUGGAUUUGAGGUUCCUCAACCAGAUCGUAAUCCUCGCUGGGAACGGCUUAAAUACUAGCUGGAAACAGCUGAGAUGAUGGGCGAUUCUCGUCGUAUCAGGGUGUUGGUACAGGUGCUCUGUGUUCAUUUACUUUGUGGAUGGGUGCUUACUUCGGAGCUCACAUUCGAGCUUCCCGACAAUGCAAAGCAGUGUUUCUAUGAGGACAUCGUCGUUGGCACCAAAUGUACUUUGGAGUUUCAGGUCGUCACUGGGGGACAUUACGAUGUCGACUGCCGCCUGGAGGACCCUGACGGAACUGUGCUUUACAAGGAGAUGAAAAAGCAGUAUGACAGCUUCACAUUCACAGCCGCAAAGAACGGCACCUUCAAGUUUUGUUUCAGCAACGAAUUCUCCACCUUCACUCACAAGACUGUCUACUUUGACUUUCAAGUCGGAGACGACCCACCUCUCUUCCCUAACGAAAACAGAGUCACCGCCCUCACACAGAUGGAGUCCGCAUGCGUAUCCAUCCACGAGGCACUGAAGUCAGUGAUUGACUACCAGACGCAUUUCCGUUUGCGGGAGGCUCAGGGCCGCAGCAGGGCCGAGGACCUCAACACCAGAGUGGCCUUCUGGUCGAUCGGCGAGGCUAUUAUUCUGUUAGUGGUUAGCAUCAGUCAGGUGGUGCUGCUGAGGAGCUUUUUCUCUGACCGCAAAACCACCACUACCCGCGUCGGCUCUUAGUACCGCUUCCUCAGCCCACAGCGUUGUCUGGCCCCCUUCCCACCACUCCCAUGAUAACUGCUCAUCAUUAUGGAGACUUCCUAAGCUAGGCCCUGAUCCAGAACUCAGUGGCCUAGAGGGUUUUUGUUUUUUUGAGUGCUUUUGUUUUGUAUGUUUCUGUUUUGUUUUUAGAGCUACAUUUAAAGGAGUAAAUAUGUGACUGUGAUCACAGGUUGUGAAGCACCCAGUGUAGGUUUCUUUUUUUUUUUUUUUUUUUUUUUAAACAGCCAAAACAAUAUUUGAACACUGAGGUGAAAGACCUAAUGGCGUAACUUAUUUUGUGGAUGUAAUAUAAUUUUUUAUGUUUAUCUGAAUGUAAAAAAAAAAAAAAAAAGAAGAAUUCAGACAGAGCCAGACCCAUUGCUGAAUCUGCAUGGUAUGAAAUAGCUUGACUUCCUGCAUUCAGACUGCAGCCACACCUAUCUCUUGUGUCACAUUCUAGUAUUGGCCUCCUCCAAAAGUGAGCCAGCUUUUACAAAAUGUCUGUCACUGUAAAUUGACCCUCAGACUAGGAUGCAUGAUUGUAAUCAGCUCAUCUCAUCAGAAUUUUAUAUUGCAACACAAGUUUCUGAUAUUAAACAUAAACAGACCUGGCUUUCAAUAUGAUCUCUUGAAUCAAAACAAUUCUCAGUAGAAUGAGUUAACCACUAUUGUGCUUAAAUUAGGAGAUGUUCUAACAAAGAACACCAUUGUUGAUCUGGCCUACAGGAAUGAAUUUUAUUUUUACUAGUAAUUAUUUAGCUUUAUUUUCUAGGCUGUUGAAAUGAUUUCUUUAAGUUAUGUGUAUUGAACGUAAGCACUGAUGUGAGAACGGGAAGCAGGUUAAUUCUAUUUUCUUCUAGAUGUGUCUUGGUAAUGGGGGUACAGGUUUGAUUUGUGUUGGAUGGUUUCGGCCUGAUGUGGAGCUGUUUUAGAACAGCUUAUCUGCUGUUAUCCAGUAACAUGUCUGAAUUAUUUUUAUGUUUGUGUCAUCCAGCAAUAAACUCCCCACAGAUCAGUUUCCCAA